UGGGGCACCAGCCGCAUGCCACGUUGCACGGAUCAGCUGGAGCAGAAUCCUGGCUUCCCUCCGGAUGGGCCUGGGGUCCAUGCCCGCGCUCACUGCCAAGAUCUCUCUGGCCCCUACGGACACGAGUUUGCGACCUCUGAGUCACUGGGUGGGCACGUCGGAAUGACCAGGGCGCCUCAGUCGGGAGCUCGCAGUCGUAUAGAGAGGGCAGGGCCAGCCGGGGAGGAGGGCGGUGCGCGCGAGGGUCGCCGCCUUCCCAGGGCACCGGGGGCGUGGUUGCUGCGGGCGUGCGCCGAGAGGGCAGCCUUGGAAGCGGGCGCAGCUUCGGCAGUGAGGGGCUGCGGAGAUCGAGGGCCGGCGCCCCUGCUUGCCUCUGCGGGAGGUGGGCGCGCCCGGGACGGAACCUGGGGCGUCAGAACGAAAGGCAGCGGCGCCGCGCUUCCCAGCCGGACAGCCUCCCGCGCAGCGCCCCGGCCGGAAGCCUCCUCGCCGCCGCUUCCUCUCGAGAAGGCGCGGGGCGGGCUGUCCGACCCGCAGGGCGGUCGAGCCCGCGGCGCCAUGGCUCACGUCGGCUCCCGCAAGCGCUCGAGGAGUCGCAGCCGGUCCCGGGGACGGGGGUCGGAAAAGAGAAAGAAGAAGAGCAGGAAGGACGCCUCGAGGAACUGCUCGGCCUCCACAUCCCAAGGUCGCAAGGCCAGCACGGCCCCUGGGGUGGAGGCCUCACCUUCUCCCUGCAUCACAGAGAGAAGCAAGCAGAAGGCCCGGAGGAGACCACGAUCCAGCUCCUCCUCCUCUUCUUCCAGUUCUUCUAGCUCCUCUUCUUCCUCCUCGUCCUCCUCCUCUUCCUCCAGUGAUGGCCGGAAGAAGCGGGGGAAGUACAAGGACAAGAAGAGGAAGAAGAAGAAGAGGAGGAAGAAGCUGAAGAAGAAGGGCAAGGAGAAGGCGGAAGCACAGCAGGUGGAGGCUCUGCCGGGCCCCUCGCUGGACCAGUGGCACCGAUCAGCUGGGGAGGAAGAGGAUGGCCCAGUCCUGACGGAUGAGCAGAAGUCCCGAAUCCAGGCCAUGAAGCCCAUGACCAAGGAGGAGUGGGAUGCCCGGCAGAGCAUCAUCCGCAAGGUGGUGGACCCCGAGACGGGGCGCACCAGGCUUAUUAAGGGAGAUGGCGAGGUCCUAGAGGAAAUCGUAACCAAAGAACGACACAGAGAGAUCAACAAGCAAGCCACCCGAGGGGACGGCCUGGCCUUCCAGAUGCGAGCUGGGUUGCUUCCCUGAGGGCCCCCGCUGGCCAAGGCCUGUGGACGGUGCUGGCGGCCCAGCCUGGGCAGGUUUCAGGGUGCCAGUGGGAAGCCUGAUGGGUGCUGGUGGCCUUUCCCCCGUGGAUUGGCCUCUGGGCCAGCCCAGCCUCUUCUCAGGGGCAGGGGGUGGAGGUUGAGGUCACCGGCCUGCUUGGCACCCCUAUCUGAAAGAGCAACACUUUUCAGCUAUUAAAGGCCCUCUGGAUAGAC